AUGGGUUGUGGAUCUGGUAAACCUGUGGAAGUUGAUAAUCCAAACAAGAGUAGUUAAACUUAUUUUACACUUAGUUAAGGAUGUUGCUCAUUUCUAAAUUUCUACGUCAGGCAUGGUUGCUGAAAAACAAGGAUCAAUAUUAAAUGAUUAUACUCUCCUUAAACCUCCUAUUGGAAAAGGUUUCAAUUAAUUAAUAUAAUUAGGGGCAUUUGGAGAAGUCAGAAAGGGCAUCCAUAAAGUUACAAAUCAAAUUAGAGCUAUAAAAGUAAUUUCGAAAGAAAAAGCAAGCAAAGCAGAAGUAGAAAGAUUGAGAAUAGAGAUUGAAAUCUUAAAACGAUUAGUAACACUUAAUUAAAACAAUAGGAUCAUCCAAACAUAAUAAAAAUUUAUGAGUUCUAUCAGGAUCAUAAAAAUAUAUAUAUAGUAACAGAAUUAUGUACAGGAGGAGAACUUUUUGAUAAAAUUUAAGAUCAAUAAGCCUUCUCUGAGAGAAAGGCAGCAGAGACUAUGAAACAAAUUCUUAGUGCUGUUAAUUAUCUUCAUAAAAGUAAGAUAGUACAUAGGUUUAUAAUUAUAUAUUAAUGAAUUAGAGAUUUGAAACCAGAGAACAUUUUAUAUGAGGCAAAUAAGCCUUAAGCACUAUUAAAGAUAGUAGAUUUUGGUACUAGUAGAGUAUUUGAAGCAGGUUACAAAAUGAAUUAGAAAUUGGGAACUGUAUAAAUAUAUUUAAUUUAAAAAGCCUUAUUAUAUAGCACCUGAAGUGCUGGAGAGAAAAUAUGAUGAAAAAUGUGAUGUAUGGUCAUGUGGUGUGAUAUUAUAUAUUUUACUUUGUGGACUUCCACCAUUUAAUGGUGAAAAUGAUGAAGAGAUUUUAGAAAAUGUUAGAGAAGGUUAAUUAACAUUUGAUGGAGAAGAAUGGAAUUAAAUUUCAUAUGAAGCAAAAUUACUGAUUACAAAAAUGUUAGAAAGAGAUCCUAAAAAGAGGAUUAGUGCUGAAUCAGCUUAAAGAGAUCCAUGGAUAACUACAUAUGUUAAAAAGACUGAGAUGAAUUUACCUUAAUUAACAAAAGUUUUAAAUAAUUUAAGAAAUUUCAGAGUGGAAAAGAAAUUCUAAGAGGCUGCAUUAACUUUCAUGGUUAAUCAAAUGGCUACAAGUCAAGAGAAAUAGGAAUUAUUAUAAUAAUUUUAGGCACUUGAUUUAAAUGGAGAUGGAAGACUCUCAAAAGAAGAAUUAAUUAUUGGUAUUUAAUAAUAUAUAUAUAUAUAUCAUAGGAUAUUCAAAAGUAAUGAGUUAUACAGAUGCAGAAUUAGAAGUAGCUAAAUUAAUGAAAUAUAUAGAUUAAGAUAAAAAUGGAAGCAUUGAUUAUUCAGGUAAGAUAUAUAUAUAUAAUUAUAUAUAGAAUUUGUUUUGGCUACAUUUAAUAAGGUGAAACUUAUUGAAGAUGCAAGAUUAGAAUAAGCAUUUAGAAUGUUUGAUAAAGAUGGUAGUGGUUCAAUAUCAAUUGAUGAAAUCAAAGGAAUAUUUGGAUGUAAUGAAGCAGCUGUUAGUGAUGAAGUAUGGAAGGAAUUAUUGGCAGAAGUUGAUGCAAAUGGUGAUGGAUCUGUAUUAAUUUUAUUUAUUUUAAGAUAUCCUUUUAAGAGUUUAAAGAAAUUAUUAUCAAAGCAAUCAAUGCUAAUAAUCCAGAUUAAAAGACUGUAAAAUGA